AUGGCUGGUCAAAAGCGCGCUGCUUCGCCCUCCGGUGAUGCGUCCACUGCGAAGAAAACAAAGAAGAAGAAGAGCGUCAAAUCGAAUGUCUUCCCUUUCCUCCGCCUUCCCGCUGAGGUUAGAAAUAUGGUCUACCACUACGUCUUUGUCGGAACAUGCUACACACUCAUCGAUCAUCAGCCAAGCAAAGCUGUGAAGCUUCAAUACAGGAAGGCGAUGGGGCCACCCAAGGACACUGUGGAUCUCAGCUUGCUCUACGUGUCUCGCCAACUCAAUUAUGAGACUGCCACACUUCCGUACAAGCUUGGGGUGUUUCGCUUUGGAACUAAUAUCCACCCACCGCCAAUCAACAUGGCCAAACGAAAGCGCGAAGAAUCUGGAACUGAAGACGCGGUCAAGCAUACCCGAGUUAAGAGUUCAAAGGCUCCCCAUUUCCCUUUUCUCCGCCUUCCCGCCGAGUUGAGGAACGUCGUAUACGACUACGUCUUUGGCAGCACCCAUUACAAGUUCUACAAUUCUCGCUGCCAAAUGGCAACUCAUAACAUGAAUCUACUCCUCGUCUCCCGCCAGCUCCAUACGGAAUGCGCUCUGUUGCCGUACAAGCUGUCCACCUUCUCAUUCGGGUUCACGGCCCCCAUUCGUAAGUUCCUGGAGGCGAGAACAAAGCAGCAGUUGCGGGCUAUCGAGGAUAUGCGUGUCUUCGGAACGUUUGGAGGCACUAGUCGAGCGACUGGGUCCUACUGGUUCAAGUAUCUUGGUUGCGAAAAGAAGCGUUGUUCUGAUCGCUACCUGUUCUUUCUCUCGAUGUGGAGGGAACGGGAGUAUUGGAUUUCGUGA